AUGACAAUCCCGCACUCCGUCGUUGAGUCCCUCUUGGAACCAGACCUCCCACGUGUCUAUUGGCCUAGCACGGAAUGGAAGUCCCUUGUGUUCCAUUGUCAAGGGGCCAAGAAGCUCCCGGCCGACCUUCGCAAAUUUCAACGUGCAAAGCUCGUCAUUGGAACCAUUUGUCGGAAGCCCAACGUCGUUAUAACCAAUCUGGGAUCUGCAGAUGAGAUCACGGAGGGAAUGGUUCUGAAAACAAGGGAUGGACGCAACGCCGUCCAAGAAUGGGCUGCGGAAUACCACCCGGGAUACAUAGAGGCCAUCAUUGAGCGCCAUGAGUAUGAAGAGGGAGAUGAGUGUCCUAAAUGGUUCAAAAACGCUUGCGAGGAAAACAUUUACAUUCUAAAAUGCCGGGAACGUCGUGAUGUGGAUAGACCCGACUGUAUCGCGCGCAGAGAACAGGUGUUCGCUCAGCCUUCCCUGAAGGAGGCCUGGCAACAUUAUCUGCAGUUGCUGCGCCAACAGAAGGAUGUUCUUGCCGGUCGGAGUGAUUUGGAAGCGUUCGCGUUUGGCGUCAAGCAAUUCCCUGCCCUAAAGAGAGUUACCAUUACACCUGCAGCCCACGGCAGCAAUCUCAUCACCCCGCUUUACCCGACCCCUAUGAUUCGUGCUUUCCCGGAAGGCUUCAAUUACCCCAUUCCUCGUGGUUGGCUGUACCCUAGAGCCACCCCUGAGCCCGCUACUGCGUAUACGUGGAGUCAAUACCCAGAACUUAGAGAUCGGUACCGCGGGUUCCGCACGGCGAUACGUGUCCUCGCCAACGAACCCAACUCUGUUUCUGAGCUGGUGAUGACUUUUAACUUUAUCCCCACCGGGAUCAACUGCACGAUCUUCGACGAGCCCUGCGAAGAGUACAGUCAUUUCGCUACCGUGCUUAAGAAGCCGGGCUUCCGCCGUCUGGAUAUUGCCUUGCUUGUUGGUGGUGAGGGUGAGGAAGACCUCGAAGCAUGCUGGCGACCUCUGGUUAAUGGGCGUCUGCGCCGGGCACUCGGUGAAGCAAAAGAAAUGGAGGAAUUCAGGCUGCAUAUAAGAUUUUCUGAAUAUCCCUACCGUGGCCACGCAUAUCCACGGAUCCCAUUACAGAGCAUUGUGCCUCUGGAACAAUGGUCGAAACUGCGCCAUUUCGAACUCUCCGGCUUUGUUAUAUCGCAGGAUGACUGUGUCUCUUUCCUCAAGACGUUACCAAAAUCCGUUCGCUCCGUUGAACUCAGUAUGCUGCGAUUUCCUGGCCCUGGAACCUGGUGUAGUAUGCUGGAAGAAAUCAAGCAAAUGGUAUCGGAGAGCACGCUGUGGGGAGACCGGGAUGCGGAAACAAGACCCAAAAUUACGAUCGGCGUGCCAAUCGAGGACACGAACCUUGCAUAUGCUACAUAUGGACACGGUAUAUGGAUUGAAAAGCAGGUAGGGGAUUUCAUCUACGGUGAAGGAGGAAACCCCUUUAGAGAGCGUCAUCGCCUUAACGUCCGAUUUGGAGUUGGUGUGGUGAGGGAUGCAUUGGAGCCCAAUUUUGAACAUCCAUAUGACCAAUCGAUAGUAUAUUGA